CGUUUGGAAUGCGUUGUGCUUUGGACAGUGUAGGAGCUGCCAUUGCUUCGGAUAGAGCUGUUAAUUGUAUGGCAGUUUUCUUAUGCUAGUUGCACAAACGGGACUAUUGCAUUGUCAAUAAGUGUCAAUCCACAAUGAUACUGUGGUUGAUGCUGGUCUUGGCGGCUGGUACGUACCAGGCCCUCCCUACCAACGUCCAGAUUACUCCAGAAACGCCACUAGAUAGUUUGACCCUCGAUGAGCUUGACCAGCUACUAUCCGAAAAAUUGGUCGCGCUUCAAGUCGACAUCCUGAACACCUACGAACAGCAAUUGCGAGAACAUGAAGAAACUCUACACCAUCUUCACAGACAUCGCCGUAGCGUGCACCUACCCCCACAGCCUAGCAUCGACCAAGAAGAUUGGCACUCUUAUGUAUACGACACUCGUCCCUCUAGGGAAAUGGCAUCGGUGACGGAUCUUGCUACUCAUACGUUCCCAAAUGUAAAGACUGUGAUGGACGUCUUCCCCGUGUCACUUGAUGACAUUCAUGCAAUCUACAAGAUGGACUCUGGUUAUGGCUACAUUCUGCAAGAUGACAAGAUGCAAUUGCUAAUGGUCCGGAACCAGUGGACGAACUCGCCUGUUGAUUGUGCUUGCCCUGGCAAUCCUUCGGAUAAGAGAUGUGCAUGCUGCGCUCCUGGUGGUGUUCUCUGCCAAGUAUCGGCAAGUGGUGUAAGCAACACGUGCGUUGAGGAUUCUGCACUAGGCUACCAGAUGUGUGUGCCCCAAAGUCCAAAAUUCCUUGAAUUGGAAAAUGCCAUUGCAUUUGAAUACCACACCUACUCUCAGGGAGUACAGCAAGUUGUCGUCAUUGCAAAAGGAGACUCGGUUAACUUCUAUAAACUUGAUAAAUGGGGUUUGCAAGACCUUCACUCAUUGAAAGGUCAUAACACUAUCACUCUAGAUAGUAAUGUAACUCAUCUAGGAUAUGGAGAAGUGUUUGUGGAACAGUUUGGUACAGUUGCAAAGAAGCGGUAUUUGUUCACUUUCGGCCUUGACAGUAGCAGCAAACGUUACUAUGAAAUAGUAAUAAAUCCAGAGGACCUCUCCAUAGAGACGGGCUUUUCAAUGGUGUGGGAUACAACUGGAACUUCGAUGAAAGUCUGGCAAAACGGUGGCAGAGUAAUUAUUGGAGUACAAGAUGGUACCAACCUCAAUAUUCACGAGCUCACGAGUGACCGCUGGGGUAGACAACAAAUCUCGCUGCAACAAGUGUUGAGCCUCCCAGCAGCAGUAACCUCCUGGAGAAGCUAUGCAACGGGCUUUGACAACUUCCUCAUAGCCACAACGCCAACCUUUGCUCGUGUGUACAUGGAGAAUAGGGGAGAGUACCAAAUUCUUCAGAACCUGUUGCCUACUGGUAGCCUUGCAAGCUUCACUGAAAUGGUGCCAGUCAGUCUUCCUUCGUGCAAGGAUGAAGUCAUCCUAAUGACAGGAUUUGGAAGUCUUGUGCAGAUCUUUGUCUGGGAUGGAACGAAAGGACUCUACAUCCUGGCAAAUGAGACUUCUCUACCGGUUGACGUAACUGGCUGGGACAAAGGCUUUGGUGAUGUAAGAUCAAUAAGUACAGCUGUCCCAAAGUUGAUCCUAAAAACGACAACAGGUGUUGUUGGCAUCAAUGUUGUUGCAGAGAUGCUUUAUCUUGAAGACCCUAUUUGGGAUGAAAGUGUUGCCCUGAAGAACAGAAAGCAGUACCUUGAGAACGAAUAUACAAGGCAGAGGGAAGUGAUGAGUGAUAUAGAAGACAGAUUAAGUCAUUCUGUAGAUACUGUUACACCAAGUGUAAACAUAACUGGAGAUGUGACCAUUUUGGGUGGCAUAACCCUUGAUAAGACCUUAACCGUGACGGACUUGACGGCAAACAACCUCGUAUUCCCUAACACCGAUCUUUCUGGCGUAAGCUAUGAUGGAUACAAGGAUCACCUCGACCAGCUAACUAAUAGUUCCACGUGGCUACAGAUUAUAGAUAACACCUUGACUUCAAUCGAAAUGGAACUAGAAGAUGCCGUUAGUCUGACCACUAGCAAGAAGAUUAAUGGCACAAAGGUAAUUGUGGAUGGGUUAACAGUGCAAGACCUAAGUGUUGGAAGUGCAGUUUUCCAAGAAGUAUUGGAUAAAAAUGAUAAGACUUUCCCUAUAACUUCUACACUCGAAGGACUAAUAAAGUUUGCUGAUCCACGCAAGAUUACGGGCAAGAAGACCUUCACAACAAGGCUUGAGGUUACGAACCUUGAAACAGGAGCUCUUGACGAUAUUCCUGUGAGUGAUAUUGCAACUACAACAGGUAGUUAUGCAGUAGCUGGAAGUGUGAACUUUGUCAACACCCUACUAGCAAAGGAUGUACAACUGCCAAGUGGUGGCACUGUUGGUGGUAUAGAUCUUACAAAUGCAGUUACACUGAAUGGGCCAGCAGUGUUAGGUUAUACCACCUUCAACAAGAAUCUGACGGUCAAUGGAAAUCUGCAAGUUGAUUCUACAGAUGUGGAUGGUGUAAUCAUUGAACAGCUGUACAGGAAUGCACUAACAAAAGCAGGUGGAAAGUUGAAGGGACCCCUAGAGUUUACUAAUAAUGUGACUGCAAAGUCUCUUUCUGCUAGCCUGCUAUCUGGUGUGAGUUCACCUAUUUUCUUAUCCACCACUGUCUUCAAGGAUGAAAAUAGUCAGCUUACAGGCAAGAUAAAGGUACCAACCCUUACAGCCAAAAGCUUGCAUGUUGGAGACAUGGUCAAUGGCAAAGACUUCCCCUCAGAUUUCCCCCUUAAAACGGAUGCUUCUUUGAACCUUGGCACCAAAGCCUUUGAUGACCUGACUUGUGAAGUUCUUACAGUUGGCAAUGAUGUUGCUGUAGAUGGUAUCAGAUUUGAUAACUUGGUUACUCUUCACAGACCUCAAACAAUGACUGGAAGAAAAACUGUCACAAAAGGUGUAGAUAUUCUAGGCAGUCUGCAAGUUACUAGUAGUUUGGUUGCAGGUGUAAGUUUUGAUGACCUUUAUGCAAACCUUACAGCCAUUUUGGAUCCAAUGGGUGAAGGAUUCGAUGUUUACUUUAAUAAUUAUGUUCACCUUCCAACUGUUAACUAUGGUGGUCUAAUGAACUCUUUAAAUAUUGUGGAUCUUAGUAGAGAUAUAAUAUACAGCACCGACACUGCAGCAGCAGUAUCGGGCACAAAGGCAUUUACUCUUCCCCUGAGUAUAUCUCGUGCAACCUUUGAUAGUACAUUCAAUGGUGUAAGCUUUGAGGAACUUGUACAUAGUCACUCCAACACUCCUGUAGCAGGAGUAAAAACCUUCAAGAAGCCGGUUACCUUCUCCUCGGGUCUUGAUGUAACGGGUCUAGUUGAUGGUGUUGACUUGAAGCAACUCUUUGAUUCUGCCCUUUACUUGGACAAGCCAGGACAAGUGGUAACAGGAAGGAAGACCUUCACUGGGACCGUGUCUGCUGGAGAACUAGAUGUACAGGGUAGGGUAUCUGGUGUAGACUUCAACAAGGUGCUUACCAACUCUGGUGACCAAGCCUUCACUGUUCCACAGAAGUUUGCAGCAGCCUCCUUUGGUGCUCUGGAUAUUAACCAAAUAGAUCUGUCAGAUGGCUUCACAGUGAAUGGGGUUGACCUUUCCGUGCUAGAUGGCAUUCGCAUGAGCCGUAAGAACCCUACUCCCCACUCGGGUGUUCUAACUGUAAAUGGAAUGGUCUCUGUUCUUGGCUCAUUUGAUGCAGUAAACAUCGAUGGGCACAACGUUGCACAGCUGAAGAACAACAUUGUCACAGAUGAUGCAGACUCCACCAUAUUGUCGGAUGUUAGCUUUGCAAGCCUAACUGUAAAAGAAUCUGUCAGUACAGCUAACAAGGCUGGUGCUAAUGGCAAGAAUAUAAGCAGAAUCCAUGAAAAUGCAGUCCUCCUGGAAGGUAACAAUGCCAUGACAGGAUCUGUGACCUGGAGUGACCUUGACCUGCAAGGUGAUGUUGACGUUGGAGGCCUUGUCAAUGGAAAGGACCUGCAAGUUGUACACAACAAUGCAGUGUACAAAGAUGCCAGCUCUGUCCAGAUAACAGGCAAGAAGGUCUUCAACAACGGUAUCUCUGUGAAAGGAAACAUAGACACGGAAACUACAAAUGGCAUUGACCUGAGUACAAGACUCUUCACUCUCCACACAGACCAAGAUAUCACUGCUGAAUUUACAUUUGAUUCUGUAACGGCUGAAAAGAAUUUGACCCUUGAUGGUACUUUUGAUGGAGUUGAUCUUGAGAGGCUUGACUCUGAGGCCCUCAAGCAGAGUGCAGAUACCAUUGAAAACAUUGUCUUCAAUGGAGAAGUGACAGUUGAUGACUUCAAGGUUGAAGGAAACUUGGAAGGUAUCAACAUAAAUAAGCGACUCGAAGAUGCUGUACGUUUAACUGCUAAAGAUGUAAUAAUAAGAGGUACAAAGAACUUCGUCAGUAAUGUAACCUUCAAGAAUAUAUUCACCACAAACUUGAACAACGUUGACUUUAAUGCUUACCUAAGCCAUGCAGUACGCAAGAAUGUUCCCAUUACGCUGAACAAGAGAUUAAAGGUUAAUGGACUAGUGUCUGCACCUUCGGUAACGGCCAACUCUCUAAGCAUACGGGGUUCAGUAGAUGGAAUUGAUUACAAGGACUUGAUGACUAGAGCAGUUCUACUUGAUGGGACACAGUCUUCAACAUCAAAUUUGCAAUUUACAACUGAUGUAUCGGUAAAGGGUAACCUUGCUAUCACAAGACUAAAUGACUUGGAAGUGGAUACUCAUUACCUAACCACCAAUACACGGCAGACCUUCAUAACUAAUGUUGAAGUUGAGGAUCUCCAUGCAUCUACAAAUGUGGCAGUACUGGGGAAGGUUAAUAAUGUUAACCUCCCUGCAGAAUCUCUAAACACUCUCAAGAUAAAUGGAGGCCAAACUGUAACUGGGCUAAAACGUAUAGAAGGAUUGACUGUUGUAUCCAACAACGUCGAAGUAACGGGCAGGACAGGAGAUGAUGCCUUGGUUGACUUUUCAUCAGAAGUUGUUUAUCUGACCGAGGCUCCAACAAUAAGUGGUCGUCUUAACUUCUCUUCUGGUCUGACUGUGGAAAGUCUAACUAGCACCAGUGGUGAGAUUGGAGAUGUAGAUUUGGUAGACUUGGCUAAUAAUGCUUGGUAUUACAAUGAAGCAGCUGUAAUCACUGCUAGCCUGAACUUCACGGAUCCAGUUGUGAUGAAGGAUACUCUCCUGACUAGCCACCCAGUGGAUGGCAUGCUUGUAAGUGCAGUAUAUGGAGAAGCUAAAAGUGCACUCGAUACCUACUCUACCUACAACGAAGGCAUAAAGAGCCUGUACAGCAACAAAUGCCCCCUCAUUGAAGAAGCUUAUAAAGAUACUCAGAAGGCCCUAUAUGAUGCAGAUUACUUUAAUCUGGUAGAUGAACUCCAGUUUAGUGGAAAACCAAAGUCCUCUGGAUCUGUGAGGAUUGGUGAUUACUCGUAUGUUGUCAUGAGCUGGGAUCAAACUUGUGAUGUGACCAUGUACAAGUAUGGCACUAAUCUUGGACAAACAACAUCGCAGUAUUCUAAUGUUGGCUCUGGUGCAGACUGGGUAGACUUCGAGCACAAUGGAAAUAAUUUCUUCAUUAUGGCAGCAUCUGCAGGCAAUAGCUGCAGCAGGACAAAUAGUGUGGCCUUCAAACUAGAAAAUAAUGCCCUUUCUGUGCACCAAGAGCUUGUUGCAGGAGAAAAGGUUGAAAAAUCUUUCAUUGAAGAGACUGGAACAAUGGGAAUAUCAAUUACCAUGGGUAGCACAAGACAUGUCUACAGCUUCAGCAGCUCAAAGAAUCUCUUUGAAUUUGUGAAAACUUCACCUGCUUUCGACAAAACGGCAACAAUAAUUGAUGGUGGAGAUGCUAUAGUUGUAACGGGUGAGACUGGUAAAAUGAAGAUGUCGGUGAAUGGUGCUUUCCUCCAGGAAAUGGAGGUACUUAAAGUGGAUGAUGCAACCAUAGUGAAGCAAUAUGGGAAACUGUACUUGAUUUGUUCAGUUACACGGCAACUUGUAUCUGGUGUAGUACACAACCUCGAGCUCUAUUUGGUUGACUCCACUACUGGCUUCUCUUGGCUCGAUUCUAAACCUCUGAAUGAACCGGCUAAACUGACCAACUUCUUCACUGGUAAUGCAGCUACUGGAACUACACUAGUUCUAGCCUUGCAAGAGAACUAUUACCCUACUGCUUACACUUUACAUGGAAUGAAGUACAAGCCAUUUGUAGAACUGAAUGCACCAUUAACUUGGUGGGCAGAGCACUUUAGUGUGCCUGAUGCAGUCUUCCCAGAGAUAUCAAAACAUGCCUUGUUAAUUGGACAAGGAAAUUCGGCCAAGUUGCUAGAGCUGAAGAUGAAUGGUCUGACUCAUGAGGCUGGACAUAUAGAGUGCAACCCAGGAGCUUUCAAGUAUCCUGAACUAAUGCCAAUAGUCCCAGUGUGAAAACUGGAUUUUAGAUUUUUAAUAAAUUGUUAA